UCAAAAUAGACGUGCAUGUUGAUCAACUUUUUGUUGUCUCUGCAGAGAAUUAAUGACCUGAAUGAGGACUUCUGUGGAAUGGAUGUUAACACCCCACUGGGUGGAGAGCAGCCCGUAGAAGGUCUUGCCAUCCUCACCUUCCCUACCAGACUGACAGCCGUUGCUGCCACCUCCACAGAGGUCUACACCGUCGUCUUCCUCGGUACUGCUCAAGGACACCUCAAGAAGGUUGUGAUAGAGAAUCAGAAUAAUGCACUGGAGUACGAUGAUAUUGUUGUGGACCAAGAUUCUCCUGUCAGACAGGACAUGUACUUUGACAAAGCUGGUGACCAUCUCUACGUAAUGACCAGCAAUAAGAUUUCUAAAGUGAAGGCUCAGGAAUGUAGCAUAUAUGAAGGGUGUAAUCAGUGCUUGGGUGCAAGGGAUCCUUAUUGUGGAUGGUGCUCAUUAGAAAACAAGUGUUCUUUACGACGUGACUGCCGCGAUGCCACCCAGGACCCGCAGCACUGGGUUAGCUACAAGACUGGCCGCUGCACUACCAUCACACAGGUUAUGCCAGACAAGCUACAGAGGACCACAGCUCGUACACUGUCCUUGAUGAUUGACAACUUACCAUCAGUUGAGGGAACUCUCCAGUGUGUGUUUAGUGCCAUGGGUAAAGACCUGAACACAGAAGCUAAGCGCACAGCCCAGGGGGUGUCUUGUACAACCCCAAGAAAUGACAUGCUACCAGAUAUACCCCAGAAUGAACAUCAUUUUACGGCCAAGCUGUCUGUCCGCAAGUCUGAGGGACCCGAGUUUGUAUCUACUAAUUUCACUUUCUUUGACUGCAACACAUACAGCUCCUGUACAGAGUGCGUUUCCUCUCCAUUUCCUUGUGAUUGGUGUGUUGAUGGGCACAGGUGCACACACGACUCUGCUGAAAAUUGCAGAAAUGAUGUGUUGGUCAACGGCGUUAAUCGUGUUGGCCCAAGCAUCAGAAGCGGGCCGUCCUUUUGUCCUCGAAUCACAUUUGUGGAAAGUCAAGAAAUUUUGGUGUCUUCUGGUACAGAUAAAUCCAUCAAAGUGAAGGUGGAUAAUAUUGCUCAAUUCAUCACUCAAACUAGAUUUGUAUGCCAGUUCAACAUUGAAGGAAGAGUGACAAGUGUCAAUGCUAACCUGCUGAGUGACACAAUAUACUGUGACAGGAUGGAAUUUGCUUACACAACAGCAGCUCCAUCUACAAAUGCUACAUUUGCAGUGAUCUGGGGAGGCUCAAAACCUCUGGACAAUCCAGAUAAUAUUCACGUGUUAGUAUACCAGUGUCACCUGAUGGCUGACAACUGUGGAAUGUGUUUAAGUCUGCUGGAGCGCUUCAAAUGUGGCUGGUGCCAAUCAACAGGCCGGUGUGAGGUUCAAGAUCAGUGUCUCGGGGGCUCGUGGCUGGACCGUGAUCGCACGUGUCCAAACAUUAAUAUCACCGAUUUCUUCCCUAAGAGUGGACCCUGGGAUGGUGGUACAAAUGUUACUAUCAGAGGUAUCAAUUUGGGAAAACACAUUGAUGAUAUCUACGAGGGUAUUACAGUGGCAGGAAUUACCUGUCAGCCAUACCGCAACUCUUACAUCAAGACUACAGAGGUUACCUGCAUGGUCGACAGUCCAGGAGUCAACGACUUCAAGGAGGGGCCCAUUGUUGUCAAGGUGGCACGGGAAUAUAGAGGAGAAUCUUUGGAAAAAUAUCGUUUUGUUAAUCCAGAGAUAAAGGAUCUUACACCAGACUCUGGGCCAAGAUCUGGUGGAACUCUUCUGCACAUAAUUGGUGAACACAUGAAUGCAGGCAGUCGUAUUGAGGCCUUCAUUAGUGCAAAACCAUGCAAGAUUCAAAGCACAAAUGCAACGGUGGCAACCUGUAUCACUUCUGAGUCAAAUGAUCACCAGGAGGGAAAAAUUGAAAUGGUGUUUGAUAAUGGCCGUAGAAAACUAGAAGACAAAUUUUUUACAUAUGUAAAUGACCCAACAAUCCUAUCUGUCAAGUCUGGAAGAGCAGGCCAAGCAGGACUGGUAAGUACAUUAUUAUAUCCUAAGCUCACUUUAAAAUGAACUAAAGUAAGGUAA